AUGUACUCGCUAUUCAGCUCCAAGGAGAAUGUGAAGUCACGCGAGGUGCUGCCAUGCGAUCCGGCUUCCCACAAACUGUUGAUAUGCAGCAACAGUUGCCGGACAGAUAAAAGUGGCAGCGACAGUGAUGGAGGCGGUGGCAACCGAUUAAAAAGAAACAUCAAACAUACCGGUAGCCUAAUUGUGCGUAAAUUUCGAGCCUCACGACAUGGAGGAGGAGAUGCAGGCAAAAAGGAUGCUAGAUCUACCAGUACAAACGAGUCGGCCGGCCCCAGUGGCAAUGCCAUGGAUAACGAUAACGAGAAACCAAACACCACACAGAAUACAACAACACCAAUGCUACGCACCACAACUCUCUAAUUAUAAUGGAACAUGGACAUAGCAUUGCAAAAAAACAGAAAGCAAAAAUUUAAUAAUUA